CAGAAAUUUGUUUGAUGGAUUUCCCCACUCAGCUAACGCCCCUGUCCCUAUGAACAGCGCCUGUGGAAGUAGCACACUUCUAAAGUUCAGGGGGUCGUCGUGAAAACCGAAAGUCUCCAAAGUCAUUGGCAUUGACGGAAUUUGCAUGCUGAUGCUAAAAAAUUUGAGUCCCACCGGAAUGGCAUAUCUCACCAAGGUUCCCAAUUGGUCAAUGGCCCAUCCCAUAAUUCUUGACGUAUGGAAAUUGGGGAGAGUGGUCCCGUUGCUUAAACCGAUAACGCUAAUCCCGCACUUUACGUCCUAAAGACUCAAAUAACUCGUGGCCUUACCUAUAAUUGCCCGUGUGAGAGAACAGUCCUAGUGGCUUUGGACCUGUCAAAGGCGUUUGGCAGUGUCUGUCAUUGGAAGCUUCUAGGAAAGAUCGAAGAUUAUCUCCCACAGGGGUUCAAACGGUGGCCGGCAAGUUACACGAAUGAUUGGCAGUGGUCAAUAACCUUUCAGUGGCAAAUAUCAAAACCUAGAAGAAUUAUGUAAGGGAUUCCAAAGGUGGUGUCCUUUCCGCCCUACUGUUUGACUUCUGUAUAUCGAAGCUUCCUCUACCACCGUAGGGAGUUUCCUGGAUCGCAUUGCUGCCGAUUGUUCGAUAUUUUUUGUUCGUCAAUGGAAUUGAUGACCUCUGCUCGAAACUAAACGGCUACCUAACUCUCUCAACGACAAAAUCAACGGAGACCCUCUUAACCUCCUGGACGAAGGACGUUGAAGGCAUGCGCGCAGUGAAGAACCUGAAAGGGGCUACCUUUGACAGCCUGCUUUCCUUCCCCAUGCACACAGCUGAAAUUUUCAAUAUCGCAGACAAAGGGUCUCGACUGCCACGAGAGUCCCACGCUACUCUGGUACAAUUAUGGUAAGGAAAUUGCACCCGCCUCAACAGCUACUUGUCCAGUCUCUCCCCAGAUAUCCCCAAUGAGUGUCCGCCAUGUGGAGGCUUCCCCAUUAAACCAAACAACUCUUCACAUCUCAGCUCAAUCCAACUCAGCCAACAUCCCUCUCCCUCUGGUCCGACCCCAUCGAAAUAGCUGUUUUCUUGGUCCUGCCGAUAGAUAAGCUUGACGACAACGAUGUGUGGGCGAACCGGCCCAGGUGGGGUGAGUACUGCCGCUACAACAGCAGCAACCACAAUCACAGAAAUUGCUCUGCCGACAGAACGCCACCUACAUAGUGAGGCCCAAAUGCUCCCAGUAAGGGGGAACAAAAUCAUUCGCAGCAAGCAGUUCUUAGUAGACAAAGACACUUGCUCGAGCAGAAACCUUCACCUAGGCAAUUCAGAAGGCAUAUCUACCUGAUGGGCGAGGUCCUAAGUACAACCAGCAUUACACACGGCACUCUUUAGUCUGGCAAACAAUGGCAUUCAAAGGGAGGCUAUAACCACCUACGCAAACUCCCAUGAAUGUAGUCAACGGGGUCAGAUCACCACUUGUGGACGAAACUGAGCUUCAACUGCAGGCUAAACUACUUGUCCAGACCAGGCCCCGACGUUGUCAAUGUGGGUCCGUUAUGUGAAGGGUCCCCCCUACGACACCAACCACAUCUUCACAUGCCCACUCAACUAACACCCCUCUCCCUCUGGUCCGACUCCGUAAAAUUAAGAGAUUCAAAACAAGCGAAUCACUAACGUGCGUCUGCAGUGAUAAUGACCAUAUACUCGUAUAGGUUGAGCGACUGCUGCUGUGCUGAUAUUCUUUGGUCAAAACCGCGGUUUGGAAGUAGUGCGACGAACCUUAAACCGACCUAUGGAUAAGUCAAACAACCAGUUAGGGGGCAAAGUGCUGCUAAAACAACAAACACAAUAGAAGAGAAACUCGCAAUUUGUUGAGAAAGCAACUCUAUGUUUUGCUGCAGGAUGUCGUAUAAUGUCUUCCAAGCAACAUCUUUAACACGACAACGAAGCUGCAGCCGCUGCAAGAGUUCAUUAACCACAGCCCUAAACAAGUUAAGCUGUGACGCAGUCAGAAAAAGCCGCAGUACCAGGGAAAACGACAUUAUGCUCGUAGGCUGGCCCUACUGUCGAAAUAGAGACAGACCUAACGUUGAACACAGCGAAAACUAGUCAGAAAUAUUUAGGGGACUCAACGAGCCGCGUCCUGACCUUUGGAUCCACUCUAUACAACUUUCAUAGCUACCUAUUGCGGUUCAACUCAGAUAUGACACAUGCGAGCAGGGCUCCCACGACGACCCACAGCUUUGCACAAGUUUCUCCAACCCGAAGACUAUGACCCCAAAACCGCUCUAUUUAUCACCUAUAGACGUCAUCAAUUUACUUGAUCACAGCCUCACCUCGUCGCAAGGCGAAGAUGGCAUAGGCACGUUUUACCUCCCGCUCGGAUGUUGUCAUCAGGGACCAACCGCCACCCACCAGACGAAUUGCCUCGAUAAACUGGUGUAACUUCGCCGGUCUAAAUAUUGUGGCAGGCUCCAGGAUCAGCCCAAAUUAAAUAAACAUAGCAUCAAACAAAUCCAUCUUACGACGCUCUCAAUGGACCCCCUUGUUAUAUUUAGAGAAAAGGUACAUAUCGACACCUGUGUAGCAGAUCGACCUAUCUCGGCAGCCAGUUCGAAAACAUCCUAUCUCAGAAAACUUUUCAAGGACGCCCCGUUUUAGAAUUCGAUUCAAAAAACGCCCUGUCUCGACUGCCGAUUCAAAAACACCCAAUCUCAACAUAUUUUCAGUUGGGAUAGGGCGUUUUUGAAAAGUUUUUUGAGAUAGGACGUUUUCGAACUGGCCGCUGAUAUACAUAGGUCCAUCUUCCACUCACGGUUCGAUAUAUUGAAUUAGAAACUUAACGAUUUCAGAAAUGUGUUAUUUUACUUUGGAUCAAUUUAAAACCCGAGAAACAUUUAAAAAUUAAAUUUUCCAGUCUAUCGAUUUUUUUUUUACUUAAAACGACAAUCAAUCGCAAAUUUUUACUCACCCUACUGCACAUUGCCCAAGACCAAAUCCUCAUUGUGAAUGCCGCCUCUCGUAAAACAAUCAAAUUUUACCCGUCAAUUUUUUUUUUUUUUUGAAAAUUUGAUUACCAGCAAGGAAAUAAUGUAAAUUUCAAAAACGUACAUUUCUUUGUUUUUCUACUGCGAAUACACAGGCGAUGGAACCAAGUCGCACGCGAGUUUGCAUUUGCUAUUUGAUAUCGACAUUGCUAAUAGGUUUCUUCAUCUAUAUACUGGUCUCGAGCAAUUUGGAGAACAGACGCAAACUCGGCCGACUGCGCGAGGAUGUAGAUGAGAUUGCGCACGUUGUGCUGCAUGCUGCGCCGGGACAAGGUGAAACAAAACAUCUGAGUGAAAUUAUUGACGGUAUUCUGAAGAAGCGACUGGCCGGUAUUUGGGAUGAUUUGUAUGCGAUGAAAAAGCAGUUACGACUCACUGAGUGUGCGGGUGUACGGCUGUCAGCGCCACAGACCAUGGCCGAGGGUGGUGGUGGUGGUGGUGGUGGUGGUGGCGGCAGCGUCGGCGAUGGUGCGUUAGUGGAGCGAUCAAUGCGAGCGCACGUCAAUUACGCAGCGGAAGAGUUGGGUGCGAAGGUGUAUGAUGUGAAGGCGGAGCCGCUUGAUAGCGGCAAUGUGGUGAGAUCAGUGCUAGGGCUGCAAUACAGCGCAAAUCCGCCAAUAAAUAUGCUAAAGCCAGGAAUGGAGCCGGGUAAUUGCUUCGCCUUCAAGCGGGCACAGGCGGUGGUGACCAUCAAACUGGCACAGGCGAUAUACGUGGAGAGUUUCGAGUUGGAGCAUCUAUGUAAAGGCAAUGCGCCCAACAAUGAUACUAGCAGUGCGCCAAAGGACUUUGAGGUUUAUGGCAUCAUGGCCACUUCCUGGCAGGAAUUCAAAAUGGGCGAUUUUACGUAUGCAAAUCAGCAACCACCAGCGCAAAAUUUCGCUGUGCAGUGCGAAAAUAAAUAUCUUUACGUGCGCUUCAAGUUCAAGUCCAAUCAUGGGCAUGCAGAAUAUACCUGCGUUUAUCGUGUUGCAGUCUACGGUCGCAGUGAGAAGUAGUAAGGAGGCAGAUUUCUUAUUUUGGACAAUGAAUGCUAAGCGAUCCAGAAAUGCGUAUUAUAUGCAGCAUUAUUUUGUAUACAAUGUGUAUUAUGUACAUAACCCCGUAUAGUAUUUAUUAUGUGGAUUUUUUUUUUUUUUUUUGUUAUCUCUGAGGUAUAGUAUUUGUUAAAUUUCU